AUGACCCGCACCUCUCGCGUGGGACCCACUGUCCUAGCCCGGCACAACCCCGAAUACAAGAAUACUUAUUGAUUUUAUGUAAGAGAAAAUAAGAGCCACCGACAAAAAAGUCUUAGAUGCGGACACGUGUCCGACAAGCGGGGGGCGACCGGAGGCGGGUACGGGGGACGACUCGGCGGACGACUCGGACGAGUGAUGGCCGAGGGGGCACACACAGAGAGGAAGAAGAUAGGGGAAGAAGAGGAAGAGGAUUUUCUAGUAGCUGUAGUUCUUGACGUACAUGCCCUCCUUGGACUCCUCGGACUCGCCCUCGCCGGUGUACUUGCCGAGCUGGGCGAGGGAGUUGGCCCUGGCGCGGAGCAGCAGCGCGUCCUGCGCCGCCUUCACGUUCUCCGGUCGGCCGCCCCAGGUCUUGAGGCAGGUGUUCUGCAGGGCCCUCGCGUAGGAGAAGGAGACGUGCCACGGGUUGGCGCUCUGGUUCAUGGCGUUCAGGUUCAGGGUCGCCUCCACCUCUGACUGCCCGCCGGAGAGGAACUGCGAGAAACACCACGCCGCCGCCGCGGGUGAGUGAAUUAGCGAGAAAGCUACAGUUGCCGGCGCCGGAGGAGAAGAUGAGAGGAGUUUGUGUUUACCAUGAUCCCGGGGACGGCGGGGGGAAUGCGGCGGCGGAGGAGGUUGAGGGUGUACUCGGCGACCUUCUCGGGGGUGGCGCGUUCCUUGCACUCAGCACCGGGGGUGACCAUGCUGGGCUUGAGGAGGAUGCCCUCGAAGAGCACGUUGUUCUGGGCGAGGUAG